UUACUGAUUUCCAAUAUCUUAAGUGCUUACCUUUUGCGGAUUUCCGAGGACCGUGAAAAACAGGAAAAGGACAAAAAAAUGAAAAACAAAAACAAAAGAUCAAGCGCUCGCAAGGAAGCAGCAGCCAUUGUUAUCAAUGACGAGGAGGAAUUUGAGCAGGGGGAUGCUGGAGCAUCUAGUACUUACCCAGAACAAUGCUCCAGUCUGAGGAAAGGAGGUCAUGUUCUACUGAAGAAUCGUCCUUGUAAGAUAGUAGAGAUGUCUACAUCCGCCCCAGGAAAGCAUGGACACGCAAAGGUUCAUCUCAUUGGAUUGGAUCUGUUCACUGGAAAGAAGUACGAAGACAUUUGUCCAGCACACCAUAACAUGGAUGUUCCUAAUGUCAAACGUCUGGAAUAUCAGAUUGUUAAUGUUAGCCGUGAUGGGUAUUUGACAAUAAUGGAUGACAAAGGUCAACUUCGCAGUGAUAUCAAGAUCGAGGAGGAUGAUGACCUUGGAAAAGAGAUUAAGGUCAAAUUUGAAAAAGAUGAAGAUUUUAUGGUCUCCGUCAUCACUGCUAUGGACGAGGAGAAGGUCAUAGCAAUGAAAGCUAUUAAACAACCUUGACUCUUUUUAUCUCUUUUAUACUCAUCACUAAUUCUAUCCAAAUAGGAUAAUACAAAUUCCUAAUGAGGAUCACAACCGGAUCACAUACAUAUAAUUAACUCUGCAACGAGGAGUUUUAGGUGAAGGAAGGAUAGGGAAGUAACAGAAAGUGAAGAGAGAGAAUAACAAAAAAAAAAACUUUCAUAUUCUUUUAUCUAAUCACACAUUCUAUCUUCUAAUUUAAAUAAAAUUAUUACACUUAA